UUUUUGUUGUUUUGGUUAUUUAAGAGAGCAAUUUGGGUCAGGGGAAUGGGGACUCUGGGCCCAUUCUCAGCUUAAUAAUAAAGAGAGGAGAGAGAGAAUGUCUUCUCCAAGUUCACAUCGCAGAGAUUGAAAUCAUUGAAUUGGAAACUUCAAUGCAAAGCUUGGUCAACUGGGCAAGUUUUAUGUUUAAAUAGCCUAUUCUUUCUUCUUUUCGACUCUGCUUCUUCUACGCCAUAUGCGGUGGUGCCGUCCUGGUGGUGGUGUUGGUAGUGUGAAUAAUAGUGAGGUGGCUGGUGGUUGCGCCAAAAUAAAUGCUGUGUCUACAGGCCCUACAUGGUUGAAAGAGAGAGAAAGAGAAGGAGAGAGAGAGAGGGUGCCUGUUAAUUCCAUUCAAUGUUGAGAGAGAGAGAGAGAGGGAGAGAGAGAGAGCACGUGGUUGCUCUUGAUCUUCCGACUUCAGCUGGUGGGCAACUGUAGAGACAGUAAUCUUUAAUGGCAGUUAUUAAAUUGGCUCACCUGCUUCCUUUCCAGCCAAGGCAAGCUACGAGCAAUCCCUUCACAUUGCCACGCUUGACCCCCACUUCCUGUUCCUUCUUUCUCUCCUUCUGCUGCUUUUUCACUUGGAAUUUAGGGUUUUGAUUCGACCAGUCAACAAAAUUUUAGGAUCUUUGUUCCUUUCUGAGAGAUCCGGAAACAACCCAGAAACCAAAAUAAGCAUACUUCUUAUUUGUCGUGAAUUUUCAUUUGCAUUGACGCUUGGAGCUUCUUCAAUUUUAGGGCAAUUUGACGGAGAAAGAAAAUGUUACUCUUUAGCCGUGAUCGUGAUGUUGUCUUUCUCAUAAUCGGACCUCUCUCAAUCACCCCCCUCUCACUAGAGUUGCAGACGUACCCAGAUUCUACUCUUUAGCUCACUUUCGGGUUCGGAGUCUAUAAUGCCGGCCGGGAAGAUCCUUUUACGAGCAUGAGAAGAUUCGAGCCGUUUCUUCCUCAUGUUCUCUUCCUCUUGCUAGCUGCUUUCCUUCAGUCCAUCACAGUCUCACCCACCACUGAAAAGGAGAUCCUGCUUCAGUUCAAAGCCAACAUUUCUGAUGAUCCAUACAGAAGAUUGAAAUCAUGGGAUCUCAGCAAAGACCCUUGUGGGGAUUACAAUGGUGUGUUCUGCAAUUCAGAUGGGUUCGUAGAGAAGAUCCUUCUGUGGAAUGCUAGUCUUUCCGGCGUCCUCUCGCCGGCUUUAUCUGGGUUGAAAUCCUUGCGGAUCAUAUCGUUGUUUGGGAAUCGAUUUACAGGAAAUAUCCCGCAAGAAUAUGCGAGCAUUGAGACACUCUGGAAGAUUAAUUUGAGUUCUAAUGCGUUAUCAGGGUCCAUUCCCGACUUUCUUGGCGAUUUACGGAGUAUUCGUUUUCUUGAUUUGUCGAGGAAUGGUUAUACUGGGGAAAUUCCAUCGGCUUUGUUUAAGUACUGUUACAAAACCAAGUUCAUAUCGCUCUCCCAGAAUAAUCUUUCUGGUUCCAUUCCUGUCUCUAUUGGGAACUGCUCAAAUCUUACUGGGUUCGACUUCUCUUUCAACAAUCUCAGCGGUGGCUUGCCUUCGCAAGUUUGCAUUAUCCCAAGAUUAGCUUAUUUGUCUCUCAGAAGCAAUGCGUUGACAGGAAGUGUCCAAGAUCAGGUCUCUGGUUGCCAGAGCUUGGAGAUUUUGGAUCUUAGUAGCAAUAUGCUCACUGGGUUGGCCCCAUAUGAUGUUAUUGAAUUGAAAAAUCUUACCCAUUUCAAUGUUUCACAUAAUGGAUUUCAGGGGAACAUUCCUGAGAUCAGAACUUGCAGUGAGGGAAUUGAAAUUCUUGACGCUUCAGCCAAUGGUUUGGAAGGGAAGAUUCCAGUAAGCAUUGCGAGUUGUAGCAGCCUUAAGGUUUUGGACUUAGGGUUUAACAGGCUAACGGGGAGUAUCCCAAGUGAGAUUGGGAAUUUGGAGAACUUAUUGAUUCUUAGAUUGGGUAAUAAUUUGAUAAAUGGGACAAUCCCGGUGGGUUUUGGAAGUAUUGAGCUGCUUCGGGUUCUGGAUUUGCAAAAUCUGAACCUUGUUGGUGAAAUCCCGGACGACGUGAGCAAUUGCACGUUUCUCCUUGAGUUGGAUGUUUCUGGCAAUGCCUUGACUGGAGAAAUUCCUCCGGCAAUAUACAGCUUGACACACCUGGAAAUUCUAAACGCACAUCAGAACAGACUCGAUGGAACCAUUCCACCUAGUCUAGGAAGCCUGUCACAAGUUCAUUUUCUUGAUCUAUCGCAAAACCUCCUUUCUGGGUCCAUCCCUUCCUCCCUUGGAAAUCUGACAAUGUUAACUCAUUUUAAUCUUUCUUACAACAACCUCUCUGGCACCAUUCCUUCAAUCCCAAGCAUCCAGCUUUUUGGCUUCACGGCAUUCUUCCACAAUUCUGGGCUAUGUGGUCCCCCUUUGGACACACCUUGCUCUGCAAGUGGCAGUGGCAACACUUUGUCGACGAGAAAGCCCAAGGAGCUAAGUGUUUCAGUCAUUGUUGCAAUUGUUGCUGCUGCAGUGAUCCUUACUGGGGUUUGUGCAAUAAGCUUUCUUAACAUCAGGGCUCGUAGGAAGCAAAGAAGAGAUGAUGAGACAUUGGUUGUAGAGAGUACCCCGCUAGCUUCAAGCGAUUCCAAUGUCAUCAUUGGAAAGCUGGUUCUAUUCAGCAAAACUUUGCCCUCAAAGUAUGAAGACUGGGAGGCUGGCACCAAAGCUUUGCUGGACAAGGAAUGCAUGAUUGGUAGUGGCUCGAUAGGAACAGUCUACAAAACGAAUUUUGAAGGUGGGAUCUCAAUUGCGGUGAAGAAGCUUGAAACUCUGGGAAGGAUCAGAAACCAGGAUGAAUUUGAGCAUGAAAUUGGACGACUAGGGAACCUUCAGCACCCCAAUUUGGUUGCUUUCCAGGGUUACUAUUGGUCCUCUACGAUGCAGUUAAUUUUAUCUGAAUUUGUUCAAAAUGGGAGCCUGUAUGACAAUCUACACGGGCUAGGUUAUCCAGGUACAAGCACGAGCACUGGCAAUACUGAACUGUACUGGUCUAGGAGGUUUAAGAUUGCUCUUGGAACAGCAAGGGCCCUUGCUUACCUUCACCAUGACUGUAGACCUCCCGUUCUUCAUCUCAACAUAAAAUCUACUAACAUACUCUUAGAUGAGAAGUAUGAGGCCAAGUUGUCUGAUUAUGGGUUCGGGAAAUUGCUUCCCAUUUUGGACAACCAUGGUUUAACCAAAUUUCACACUGCUGUUGGAUAUGUUGCACCGGAGUUGGCUCAAAGUUUGAGAUUGAGUGAUAAAUGUGAUGUGUAUAGCUAUGGAGUGAUUCUAUUGGAGUUGGUCACCGGGAGGAAACCUGUGGAGAGUCCAGAAGCAAACGAGGUGGUGGUCUUGUGUGAAUAUGUGAGGGCAUUGUUAGAGAGUGGUUCUGCUACAGAUUGCUUUGAUAGAAGCCUGCGUGGUUUUGCGGAAAAUGAGCUCAUCCAGGUUAUGAAGUUAGGACUGAUUUGUACUUCUGAGGUUCCUUCCAGGAGACCAAGCAUGGCUGAGGUGGUUCAAGUUCUUGAAUCCAUCGGGUCCGGAUUGGAAUCAUAGUGUAAGUCAAUCACAGUAAAUUAGCGGGCUUAUCAGACUACCCCAUAAUUUAGUUGGCAUAGCUUUGAGAAAUGGCUGUGUAGCUGGGAAGGGAUUAGAUUAAGGUUAGCGGAGAGGAGACAAAAAGGUAAUUUAUUAGGGAAAGAAAUUGGAAGACAGCAUUCUUUUUUUUAUUCAUUUAUGAGAUUUACCAUUAAUCCAUUAUCAAUUGUUCUUGACAAUUGUAAUUUCUGAAUAAAAUCAUUCAUUUAUUUUCUCUCAA